AUGCUGUCUUCGUCUAUUUAUUGGGAUGGUCCCGAGUUCCUACGUCUUUCCAAAGACCAGUGGCCCCAGCAGAAAUUUAUCUCAAUCGCUCUGGAACAACUGCCAGAGUCCCGGCCGAAUGUCACCACGACAUUGGUCGCCAUUGUUCACUCGUCAUCAUUAGAGUUCAUCAGUCGGUUUUCGUCGCUCGAAAAAAUGUUGCGAGUGUUGUCUUACGUCUUCCGUUACCUAUCUUAUCGUUUACGUCAACAGCCGAUCCAUGCUGGUCCCAUUACGUUUACCGAACGCGACAAGUCUCUAUCAGUCGUCGUUCAUCGUACGCAACAACAUUAUUUUUCAGAUUUACUUAAAACGUUAAGAAAUCAAUUGGUAAUCACGCCGCCGUCCUUGGCACAAUUAGCACCAUACAUCGACGACAACAAUAUCAUACGGGUAGGAGGCCGUUUGCGCUUCUCCGACAUCAGCUAUGACGCUAAGCAUCCAAUUUUGUUACCGCAAUCUUCACAUCUCACCGAAUUGAUCAUUCGCCAUAUCACCUAUCAUUUUUGCACGGUGGAUUAA